UCUCCGAACAACAAAGUUGUCAAGAUUUAUCCGACAUUCGAUAUUUGGUUUGCUGGGUAUUAAGUUAGUGCAAAUUAGUGUUGUUGUCUUUUUUUGCGGUGUGUGUGAUGUAUGAUUUGUUUUUGUUUAUAUGCCUGCCUGGCUGACUGCUGCCUGUUUGUCCGUGUCUUGUCUGUGCAGCUACUAUAUAAUUGUUUUGGGUUUGGUUGGUCGCUGGCUUGUGGGUUAUGUAGUGAUGGUGGUGCUGGUGCUGGGGAGCAACACGAAAGCCCUACAACAACAGCAAAACGUAAUUGUGAAUAAAAAUCGUGUGAAUGGUGGAGGGCAACCAGAACCAGCUGUGAAAGGAAUCAAAAGGGAGCAAGGGAAGAAAAUACCGAAAAUCCUUUUUUCAUUCUGUUCGGUUUGUUCUGCCCGCUGUCUGCUCUGCUCCGGUUCAUUCGCUCGCCGUAUUUCGUAUUCACUGGUAUAGAGAGAAAAAAUUUUCAAAUACUUUUCGUCAAAACGUAUCUGCACAGCCAAGGGAGAAGACCAUAAAAAUUUACGCUAUUUAGUUGAUUAUUUAAAAGGCAAACAAAAUGACCAAUUUGGAGAAACAACACGAAUUGGUUAAGAACAGUUUGGUGCAAUUUGUCAGUGCUCAUAUACCGGGUGCUGACUUCAGUGUGGUCGAUGAAAUUGUGCUGUCGUAUAUAAUCUCCAUCUUGGAGGAGGCCUCCCAGGAUCCGUGCUUCGAUGUGGAGGGAUUUGUGGAAAUGAUGAGUGCCUAUUUUAUGGAAUUCUCAUCAAUUGACCAGGGCAUCAUAUGUGAUUGGAUAUAUAAGUUGGCCAAUGAACUAUUGGAGUUGCAAAAGAAUCCAGAUAAACAUUCGGCUGCAAAUCUAUCAUUGAAUUCACUUUCCCUUUCGGACAUUAUACCCGAAUCCAAGCUGAGAGCACGCAAUUCAUCAUCCUCAUCGGAAAAAGACGAAUAUCCUGAAAGUGAUGAAUAUGUAUCCGGCAAUAAUGGUUAUGACAUUAAUGCCAUCUACAGUCAGGAGAUCAAAAUUUUGGAAGAAAUGUUUCCGGAUACACCAUUGAUUGAGAUUAAAUAUUGCAUUACCAUUGCUAAUGGUGAUAUUGAUGGAGCUACACAAACUAUAUUACAUCGUCAGGAUACGGGUCAAAGUUUAACCGAUAAAAGUCAUACAGUGGCACGUAAAAAUGUUGUGGCCGACGACACCGAAUUAAAGAAUCGUAUUAUUGCCAGAUAUUCCUAUGUGGACAAAGAUUCGGCCAAACGUGAGUAUAAACCAAUGGCACCAAAAACGGAACCGAAAAAACUGGUGCGUUAUAGAGAUAAUAAAAUCGUAUCACUAAAGGGCGAACGUUAUACUGAGGUAAAACGCGACGAAGAAGCUGAGUUAAAAAAACCCAAAAAGCCAAUUCAGCCGUAACUAAAGUUGAAGAAAAUCUAUUACAAAUAUUUUAUAAGAAAGCUGAAAAUCUACUACAGCUACAGUUUAGUAUUGUUGUAUCAGCAGCAGCAGCAGUAUGCAUAUGUUGGCAACAAGCACAACAACAACGUGUUGCAUAUUUUUAUAUCUACAAAAGAUAUGAAGAAUGAGAAGGAGGAGGUUGAGGUUGAGGGAGAACAUGAAAAACAAAAAGAACAGGAAGACAUUAAAACAAAAAACCAUAAAUAUUUAAAUUUAAGUCACUUUCAAAGUAUUAUAGAACAAUUAGUGUUUUGUGUAAACUCCAAAUUCUUCCCCACUUAUAAUGCUCCUAUUAUUAUAAUAAUUAUUAAUAUUAACCACCACAAUGACACUGGCAACAACAACAACAACAACACCACCAAAAACAACAACAUCAUUAUUAACUCAACUUUAACUAGAAAAGUUGAUUACUUUAAUACACAUCCUCUAAACAUUACUAAAGCACAUAAAAUAUUACUAGUAGUAGCACCACUACUAUUACAUCAUCCAAUAUUUAUAACACACUUAGCCAUUAUGAAAAUGUUGUCUACUAAGCCUACUAACGAAACAACCAAGAACAAGAAGACAUUUUUUAAACCAUUUUAUGCACCACAAGGCAAUGCAAUUGGCAAUGAUAUGCAAGCAGAGCGAGAACCACAACAACAUGAGAAAAUAAUUGAAUCUCUUAAAAAUAGAAUUAGGCUUCCUCCAUCACCAUAUCGCGGACAAAGGCAACAACGGACGACAGCAUUUUUAGCAACAGAGCCAUCACCAUUAUUAGAUUUGUAUCAUUACCAACAACCAAAGUUACCAAAGUUAUUAAAGCGGCAAUUAUUGUUAGUGGCAUCAUCCAUAGGCGGCGGCGGCGAAGUCUAUGCAAAUGGUCUUUUCAAGCAGUUUGUUGUGAUAAUUGUUAGUAUAAUUGAUUUUAUAUUCAAAUUUCAUUGUUUUCAUUUGACACCGACACUAACACUAACAACAACAACAUCAACAUUUAUAUGCAGAUUACUAUUAUUAACAGCAUUAUUGUCUGCUUUAUUUCUUAUCGUAUGUUCCUUAUUUCAAAUAUUUUGUUGUUGUUUAUUAUUGUAUUCUAUAAGAAAUUCUGUAACAAAGACUUUUAGAUUAUUACUAUCAUUGUUGCUGCAAAGCUCCUUAAAUUAUAAUUAUUAUCAUUAUUGUCAGGAACACAAAUGCAAUUCGAAUAGAAAUUCCUAUUACAAGAAUUCUCAUGAAAAUGAAUAUUCUUCCUUUGAUAAUGGCUGCAAUAGCCGCCAACAAAUUCAUCAUCGUCAUCAUCAUCAUUAUUGUUAUCAUAAUUUGUCACAUUUAUGAGUUUUUCUAAUAAUCAUAUUAAUACUUAGUUGAUUUUACAACUAUCUUUCCGUUUUAUUUAAUAGAAACUUAUGACAAAUUGUAUGUGUGUUAUAUUCGUUUCAGUGUCCAGUUGGAGGUUAUUACUGCGAUUCAGAAAAAAUUAAAAAUUACAAUAGAAACCGGUAGCAAUGUUCGGAUUGGGUAACAAAUGUACGCGAAGUCAUUGAAUAUAUAUAUAUUUUUUUUGUUGUCUUUGAAUAGUGCACCAAAGAUUUUGGUUAUGUGAACAUUUUCUACAAAUACAUGUAAAAAUAAGUAAGCAAAGGCUACAGACCUUACAACACUAAAAUAUGUGCGAAGUCCCCUUAUGUUCAAAUCCAUUGGAAAAGAUUUCGUUUUUGAAAUAAUGUCAAACGUAAUGUCCCUGUCUUUAAUUCUCUUCUGAUGCGAAAUUCCGUUUCAAUUCGUUUUUAAUUGUGGCUAAUAGAGCGACUACAAAAUUAGAAAAAUUUAAUUUUUUUUAUUCCAUUUGAACCCCUAAAUGCACAUCUUAAGAACAAUAGGCUUUAAUUCUGACCCAAACCCUACCCCCAUGCAAAAUUUCGUGAGGAUCGGACGAUAAUUGCAAUACCCUCAAAACGUAGUGUUGCGUUGUGUAAAAAUUUAGAAAAUAUACAAUUCAAAAUUGUAAGUCAAAUUGAAUAAAUCGCAUGCAAUAAAAAAUAUGAUAAAAAUUGAAAAAAUGUAACAAAAGAUAUUAACUUUUUUAUUGGUAUAUUUUCCGCGAUUUUUUUAGAUUUGACCUUUUCUGGCAAUAGAAAAUCCGAAUUGAUGGGAAUUGUGAAAAUCGGCCCAGCGGUUCUUGACUUAUAAGCAGAAUAAAUAAGAUAUAUUCUUUUACAUAUAUAUUGUACCUAUUUUGCUAUAUAUCCGAUUUCUUGACUAUCAGCAUCACUGUAAUAGUCAGAAGUGACCUUUUAAUGUAUUUCUGAUUUGGCUGGAAUUAGAAAUUUUUGCGGUCUAGUGGAAAUUUUCCUAUUUUACCCGCAAAAUAUUGUCCGAUGGCCCAAAUUGGUAGACUUCUGCCCAGUCCUAAACUCUAACUCCGUGUAAAUUUCCGCGUCGAUUGGUUUAUAAUUGUGGCCUAUAGAGCAACUGCAAAAUCAGGAAAAUUUUCCAUUUCAAACCCUAAAUAUUUUGCAAUUAUCUCUAAAAACAAUAGGUUUCUUUUCUGACUCUAACCCACCUCCAUUUUCAAUUUCGUGAGGAUUGGGCCAUAAAUGCGACCUGUAGCGUUAUUACAAAUUAACAUGGACAGACGGACAUACAUAGCUAGAUCGCUAGGCUGGAUUAGAAUGAGAAUCUUGUGAACUUACGAGACAAGUGACAAAUAUUUAAAUGCCUUAAAUGGCAGAUGCUUGCGGGUUCUGGAACAGAACAUAGUUAUGUCUGAGUGCUCGAUAUGUUGUAAUAAACUGUGCAAAAUUUUACUGUUAUCUGUAGAUGCUUACAAAUUGUUUUGCUUAACAAAUGCAUUUAUAAUAAUAACAAUGCAUAAAUACAAUAUUCAAUGUAUCCAAGUACUAUUUGUCCAAAUUUUGAAGAGUUCCAGCUUUAAAAGAAAGAAUCAAUCAACCUUUUUUUCAGCCUUGUAUGAGGUGAAAUUUAUUUUAGUAAGGUAUUCGGUAUCGACCAUAACAAAUUGUAGUCAAAAGAGAUAGGUUAGGUUUUUUGGGAUGCCCAAUCACUAUAAUUCAGGAGCUAUAUAAAGAAAUGUACAAUUUUGAAAUAAUUAUAAAAUUAUGAAUGCUAUAUUUGAUUUCCAAACCACCGAUAAGAAGCUUAGAGUUUAUCAUAUAUGUGGAAUUUUGCAUGCAACCGUCUCUAGUUUUUGCCAUCGGCAGAUCCACUGUGAGCUUUAGGGGAAUUUAUUUUGUUAUGAGAUAGGCUCCAUUAAUGGUCUCUUCCAAAACCUACAAGAAUCUACUAGUUUUGCAAUUUUCUUCGAUAUCAUAAAGGAAAAAUCGGUUAUCGCAGUAAAAAGUUUUACAUUCUUGCAGUUGUGGAAUAGAGCAUAUAUUGACAAAGAUGUCGUACAUGUAGUAGGUUGCAUCUCACAAAAUAUCGAAUCUGAUCGAUAUAUUUUCCUGGGUUUUCAGAGUGAGGAAGAGAGGGAUGCGGUUUUGCGAGAAAUGUCUUGGCAAUUUUGUAAAAGUAAAAAUAUUGUAAAAUAAAGUAUUGGUAAACAUUUUUAAAAGUAGGCAGUAAAAUAAAUUCAAUUCGACAAUUUUAACUUGCAAUGUGAUUUUUAAAACAAACAACAAUAUCUUUAAAAACAACUAAAGCUAACCCCCCCAAAAAAAAAAAACGAAUAUCACACACAUAUUGUAUUUCUUUUUUCUUCUUGGAAAGAAGAUGAUGAUAACAAAAAAUGAGCUCAAAUAGACUUAUGGAUCUGUAAUAUCAAAAUGAAAUAAAAGUAACUCUAUAUAUAUAUUUUUUUAAUUUUUUUCUAGGUUAUGUUUUCUAAAUAUAACAACUAAAUUUAAGUAAUUAUAUAAAAAAAACAUCUUUUUUAAACUAACAAUGUAAACAAGAAUUUAUGUAAAUUUAUAUUUAUUUCGACAACAAGCAAAAAAAAAACAUACGAUUCAAAAUCGUGCUAAAAACAAAACACACAAAUCAUUCAUUCAUUCAUUCAAAAUGCCAUUGAACAACAACAAAACAACUACAAUUUUUUUUAGAAUAAUCUCCUAAAAUCAGUUAUACUUGGAAUGUUUGCUGUCAGACAAAGUCCCAAAAAUAAAGUAGGACGUAUUGACUGCAAAAAGAAAAAUCCCUUAAUCGGUCAUGCAUACCACACACACAAACUCUAGUCCUAGUCUUGAAAGACAUAUUACAUACGUACCCACAUGUGUAUGUAUUUUUAUAAAAUCAGACCAAAAUAAGUCAUUAAUAUAUGUUUUUUGUAAUUUUAAAUUUUUCCAAAAAUUAACAAAAAUCAUUCAAAAUUAUCAACAACAAAAAGAAACUUUGGUGAUGGUACUUCAAAAUGAAUAUGAGGAGAAAAAAACAGGCGUUUCUAAACGAAACAUUAACUAACAACUAAUAAUGGUGCUUCUCUAGUUAAAAAUAAAAAAAUAAAUGAAUAAAAACCAAAAUCCAAUAACAAUAUUCAAACACAAAUAAUUCCUAUUACAAUAAAACAACAUACAUAUAAUCUCAAGCAUUAAAAAUUGAAUAAACAAAAAAAAAAUGCAUUCAAGCAUAAUUGCCCUUGCCACAUUGCCACUCAAACGAAACAAGAAGACACUGAUUUGAUCUUUUAUUUAUUACUUUCAAUAACUGUUUUUAUUAUUUUUUAUUUACUUUAUUUUGUGUUGUUGUUUAUUGCAACUUUUUUUUUAACACCAUUAUAUUUUAAGUUGUAUGCUUUAAUUUAGAUAUUAUUUUUCUUUAAAAAUUAACACCCCCC